UCUUUCUCUCUCUCUCUCUCUCUCUCUCUCUCUAGCUCUCUGAUCAUCAUCUCACAAAUGGGUUCUUCUUCAGCCAUAACUGGCACAACACAAAUAUUAACAUUGCCAAUUCUAGUGCUUUGUGUUCUUCACAAAGUAAACGGGAUUGAUCAUAAUAAUAACAAUGUUCAUCAUCAGCAUUUCAAUAAGGUGGUAAUUGGAAGAGGGAAUGGUGGUGGUGUUCGUAGUAGUAGUAGUAAUAGUACGGCCGGCGUCGGAUCAUGUGACGUUUCGCAAGGAAACUGGGUUUACGACCAGUCGUAUCCGCUGUACGACACGUCCAAGUGCCCGUUUAUAGAGAAGGAAUUUGAUUGCAUACUCAAUGGUCGUCCUGACAAGCUCUAUCUCAAGCUCAGAUGGCAGCCCAGUGGCUGCAACUUGCCCAGAUUCGAUGGGCGAGAUUUCUUGAGGAGAUUAAGAGGAAAAAGAAUAAUGUUUGUGGGGGACUCAUUGAGUUUGAACCAAUGGCAAUCUCUGACUUGCAUGCUUCACACAGCUGAUCCACUUGCCCAAUAUAAAUCCGUUAGACUUGGAGACCUCUCCAUAUUUUCAUUUCCGGAAUACGAUGUGAAAGUGUUGUUCUCUCGUAAUGCCUUCUUGGUAGACAUUAUAAACACAAGUACUGGGCGAGUUCUUCAACUGGAUUCCAUUCAGGGUGGGAGAUUGUGGAUGAACAUCAACGUCUUGAUCUUUAACACGUGGCACUGGUGGCUUCACACCGGUAGAAAACAGCCAUGGGAUUGGAUCCAAGAUGGUGAUAUCUUAUACAAAGAUAUGGAUCGGUUGUUUGCUUACGAGAAAGCUCUCAACACAUGGGCUAAGUGGGUUGACACCAAUGUUGAUCCUACAAAGACAAGAGUCUUCUUCCAGGGUGUUUCUCCUGACCAUAACAAUGCGAGUUCUUGGGGGGAUUUGAGUGCAAAGAACUGUGGGGGACAAGCAAAAGCGCUGGACGGUUUGAGCUUCCGACCAGGGCCACACCCAGCAGAGCUUGUAGUAGAGAAAGUGGUGCGUUCAAUUGCAAAGCCAGUUUCUUUGCUUAAUGUCACAGCUCUAUCACGGCUCAGAAAGGACGGUCACCCCUCCGUCUAUGGCCACGGUGGCCACCGCGACAUGGACUGCAGCCACUGGGGGCUUGGCGGAGUGCCCGGGUAG